AUGUCUACAGAAUAUCUCAGCACAGAAGCGAAACUUUAUCCCGUUCCAAAACGGCUUUUAGACCCAUCUUUAAGUCCUACACCUCAUAUUAAUUCUAUCGAACAAUAUAAAAAGCUUUAUGAUGAAAGUAUUAAAAAUCCUAUAGGAUUUUGGGGAAAAAUCGCUAGAGAAACUCUUACUUGGGUUACACCUUUCCAAACUGUUUUUUCCGGAGGUUUUGAACAUGGUAAUAUCGCUUGGUUUCUUGAAGGUCGAUUGAACGCUGCUUAUAAUUGCGUAGAUAGACAUGCUAUUAAAAAUUCCGAUAAGGUUGCCAUAAUUUAUGAAGCUGAUGAACCUGGUCAGGAUCGAAAAAUUACAUAUGGUGAACUUUUACGUGAUGUUUGCCGUUUCGCCAAUGUAUUGAAAGCUCAUGGUGUAAAAAAAGGUGAUAUUGUCACCAUUUAUAUGCCAAUGACUCCAGAAGCUGUUGUUGCUUUCUUGGCAUGUGCUCGUUUAGGUGCUGUACAUUCUGUAGUAUUUGCCGGUUUUUCUGCUGAAUCUUUACGUGGUCGCAUUCAAGACGCAUCUAGUAAAUUUGUCAUCACUGCUGAUGAAAGUCGUCGUGGUGGAAAAACUAUUAAUAUAAAAAAUAUUGUGGACGAUGCGUUAAAAGAAUGUUCUACUGUUGAACGAGUUUUUAUUUUCCGUCGUACUAGCUCAGAAGUUUCGAUCAUUACUCCUCGUGAUGUAUGGUGGCAUGAAGAAAUUGAAAAAUACCGUCCUUAUUGUUCUCCAGAAAUUGUCAAUGCAGAGGAUCCACUUUUUUUACUUUAUACUUCCGGAUCAACUGGAAAACCAAAGGGAAUUCUUCAUACUACUGCUGGUUAUUUAUUAAGUGCGGCAACCACAUUCAAAUAUGUUUUUGAUUAUCAUGAAGGUGAUACCUUUGCCUGUAUGGCUGAUAUUGGUUGGGUUACCGGUCAUACUUAUAUCAUCUACGGUCCAUUGGCAUGUGGAGGUACUACAAUCUUGUUUGAAUCAACGCCUCUUUAUCCUACACCAAGUCGAUAUUGGGAAGUUGUUGCCAAGCAUAAGAUUACACAUUUUUAUACUGCACCGACUGCUAUUCGUUUAUUACGUAGAUUUGGUCGUGAACAUAUUGAUUGUCAUGAUCUUUCAAGUUUAAGAAUUAUCGGAUCAGUUGGUGAACCUAUUGAUCCCGAUUCUUGGAAGUGGUAUAAUGAAGUUGUUGGAAGAAAUGUUUGCUCAGUAAUUGAUACUUAUUGGCAAACAGAAACUGGUUCAACAAUUAUUUCACCAUUACCCUGCGCCAUUUCAUCAAAACCUGGUUCUGCGACUUUACCCUUCUUUGGUAUAGAUCUUGCUGUAUUGGAUUCAACUACUGGUGGAGAGAUAAAAACAACGGAAGCAGAAGGUGUUUUAGCCAUACGACAACCUUGGCCAUCAAUAGCACGCACAAUUUACAAUGACCAUAAUCGAUAUUUUAAUACAUAUUUAAAGCCCUAUAAAGGUUAUUACUUUACAGGUGACAGUGUUACUCGAGAUCGUGAUGGUUAUUAUUGGAUUCGUGGACGUGUAGAUGAUGUUAUCAAUGUAUCAGGUCAUAGAUUAUCAACAGCAGAAAUCGAGUCAGCUUUAAUUUUUCAUCCUUCGGUUGCCGAAGCAGCUGUUAUUGGAGUACCUGAUGAUUUAACAGGACAAAGUAUACAAGCUUUUGUCACUUUGAAACCAAAUUGUAGUACAGAUGUAAAUGAUCUAAUCUUACAAGUACGUAAGGUUAUUGGUCCAUUUGCAGCACCCAAAAAGAUUUAUAUUGUUUCUGAUCUUCCAAAGACUAGAAGUGGAAAAAUUAUGAGACGUAUUUUAAGAAAGAUUAUUUGUGAUGAAAUUGAUCAAUUAGGAGAUUUAAGUACUUUGUCAGAUCCUAAUUUGAUAAAUAUUCUGGUUGACAAAGUAAAUAAUUCAUAG